AUGAUGCGGCUGCGCACAUACGCGAGCCUUAGUUUGAUGGCGACUCUAGCCGUAAUUUAUCAUGCAUUCAACAGUAGAGGGCAGUUUUAUCCGGCAAUGGUUUAUUUGUCUACCUCUAAGAUCAGUUUAGUGCUUCUUCUGAACAUGGGUUUGGUGAUUAUGUGCAUUUUGUGGCAAUUAACUAAGAGGCUGUUCCUUGGUUCCCUCCGCGAAGCUGAGGUUGAGAGGUUGAAUGAGCAAUCUUGGAGAGAGCUGAUGGAAAUUCUGUUUGCCAUCACUAUUUUUAGGCAGGAUUUCUCCGUAACCUUUCUUGCUAUGGUCACCACUUUGUUGCUAAUCAAGGCUUUGCAUUGGUUGGCUCAAAAGAGGGUUGAGUACAUUGAGACAACACCAUCUGUUAACUGCUUAUCUCAUGUUCGGAUUGUUUCCUUUCUGGGCUUCCUUCUUCUCCUAGACAGCCUCUUUUUGUACACUUCUGUAAAGUAUUUGCUUGAAACAAGGCAGGCUUCUGUGUCUCUCUUCUUCUCGUUCGAGUACAUGAUACUGGCGACAACAACGGUGUCAACAUUUGUAAAAUAUGUAUUCUAUGUAAGUGACAUGCUUAUGGAAGGACAAUGGGAAAAAAAGCCUGUCUACACCUUCUACUUGGAACUUGUUCGGGACUUGCUUCACUUGUCCAUGUAUUUGUGCUUCUUCCUUGUCAUUUUCAUGAACUAUGGUGUGCCUUUGCACUUGAUACGGGAGCUUUAUGAGACAUUCAGGAAUUUCAAAAUUCGAGUUGCUGAUUACAUUCGUUAUCGGAAGAUCACUUCCAAUAUGAAUGAUCGGUUUCCAGAUGCGACAGCCGAAGAGCUUAAUGCAAGUGAUGCAACCUGCAUUAUUUGUCGUGAAGAGAUGACCACAGCCAAAAAGUUAAUCUGUGGACAUCUUUUUCAUGUUCAUUGUCUGCGUUCGUGGUUGGAGCGACAGCAUACUUGCCCUACAUGCAGAGCCCUAGUUGUACCAUCUGAAAAUGGUGCAAGUACAGCUGGCGGACAACGCGGAGCACAGCCAGAUACUCGUCAACAGGGAACAGGCACUGAAACUACUGCAGCUCAGUUUUCAGCUGGUGGUGUGGCCGAUGAUAGUUUGAGCCGGAAUCAGGCCAGACUUCAAGCUGCUGCUGCUUCUGCUGCUUCUGUAUAUGAGAAGUCAUUCACAUAUCCUUCCGCAAGCAAUCUAGUGUGGUCUCCUGGGUAUGUCUCAGUCCCUCAGGUUCAAAGACCUUCGGCUGAAAGCACUAGCAUGGAGCCUGGUGGAGAGCAAGGGUUUACUGGACAACCAUAUGUGCAGUUUUCUAUCCAUGGUGGGCCAUCAAACUUGUCCUUGCCUCAGCUUCCCCACUGUGUCUUUGUCCCCUUUCAGGCACCUGGUGCUAGCGUGCAUCAGGGAGAGACAGUAGGCAGUCCAUCAAACUCUCAGUUGGAAGUUCAGAAAAAGUUUAUCCAACACCAGAUUGAGGUCCUGCAAAGUCAGCUCCAACUACUACAGAAGCCAGAGACUGAGGAAAGCAAACCUUUGGCUCCCACGACAUCAUCAGAUAAUAAAGGCAAGACUGCUGCAUCAUCAAUCUCUGCAUCAGAGUCUGGCCAUCGUGCAGAGACUGGAGAGAUUGAUGCAUAA